AUGGAUAACUAAAUUAAAAUACAAGAACUUAUUGUCAACAAAGUUACAAAGUACAAUAAAAUAACAUAAAGCUAACGCUUUGAACUCCUCAGCUUGGUUCUGUUUAAAAAAUUCACUAUUAAAAAGGCAGCAAACAGGUUAGACAUAAACUACUCUUCAGCUAAAACCAUUCUACAUACUCAUAGAAAGCGCUAAAGAUAUAACAAUAUCUCUAAUCAGAAAAAAUUAAUGCCAAUUUGCUCAACAAAACCUAUUUAAAAGCUAAAGAAACAAUUCUAAAACUAAUUUGAAAUAGUAGUUUCUCAGGGAGGAUAGAUAAUAAACAAGCCCAAAGAUGGAGAACAAAUCAAUUACAAGAAAAUUAUGGAAAAUUUUAAAUAAUAAUUUAUUCCAUUGCAGCAGGUGAUAGAAAUUUAACCAAAAAACAGGUCUAUUAUCUAAAGGAAUUAGGACAUACUUAAUCAAAACAAUGGCAUGAAAACACAAUAUUAUUUUAUAAAAAUAGAGAAAUAAGAUGAAUAAAACCAUCUCUGA